CACCCCGUCAUAGAAACGUUAACGCAGAAAAUAAUGCUUCAAACGCGAUUAGCGUGCGGAUGGUUUUUAUUUUUUUCCCGCGCUUCCAUCGUCGAACUUGAAAUAAUCAAAUUAUGUCAGUAAAUAGAAUCCGGCUCUCUAGUCUGUCUUAUUAUGUUUUCUGUGCUCUCUAUACAGAUUUCUAUGGUACAGAAAGUAAGUUGUACGGAUGAGAAAGUACCUGUGCGGCUUUCAUUCGGUAACCGUCUGUCUUAUCAGUUAGUUACGGCUUUCGAGUUUCGGCUGUGAGCACGAUUUAAGAUAAUAUACCUUAAUAGGUAUAUCUAUAAGGUAUAAUAUAUUAAAUAUCUUAAAUAUCGUGGCUAUAAGCAUUGAGUGAUUACCCUGUGGCUACAAGUCAAUCGUCUGUAGAUAAUAAAUUGGUAGAUGACAAUUUAUAUUAUAUAUAUUGUCAUGAUAAAACACAGACUUCAGUUCUGAAAAUUUACCAACACCGCAGAUUAUAAUAUAAUCAUUAAUCCGUGCCAACUACAGUAUGGAUGUCUGUGUGAUAAAAUAACAAAAUAAAUUUUAUCGCGGUGAAUGAAUUUUAUAAUAUUAUUAAUCUGUACGUACCUCGUACGGUGUGCUCCGAUUGGUUUAAUUAUAAUUAUAAUAAAAUGUCCUGUUGUGUACCAAACUGUCCGUUUCGCGAUAAAUGUUUAAAACAAAUUAGUUUCCGUGUCCCACAAGACCUUAUUGCACGGUCCACAUGGGAGCGAGUCUUAGGAAUUAAUUUCGAUAACAAUUCUCGGGUUUGUCGCCAACACUUCGGUGACGGUGAUAUUAUAGAAACAUGGGUUCCUGGAGUAGGGGAUGAUGAAUAUGCUAUGAAUAAACCUAUGCUUCGCGAUGAAGCCAUUCCUAUACGGGUUAGAGAAAUGGAUCGUUACAACGAUGGAUCAAUAAUUUUAUUUAUAGAUACAUCCCUCAAUAUGUAUAUAUAUUUUUUUAAGAACGACAAAACUAAUAUCUCCAACAAUAUUGGUACUAGCUGUGGAGAUGUACGUGAUUUACUAUCUUCUAUAAACAGUGAUCAUUGUUACACAACAAUGCAGAUACAGGAACACAAAGUAGCUGAAGUAAUUCAUGAUUUUGGUGCUGGUACAGCGAAUGGUCUAAAAAGAGAUGCAGCUUUAUUCAAUGUUGAUUUAACAUCCUCAAUAUCUAAAAGAUUAAAGCCGUCACAAACAUGGUGGUAGUGUGGUGCACCCAGUUCCGGCCAGGAUUCUGCCAAAAUCUUGAAUCAACUAUCUAAUUUUAAUAAUCGUAGGCUCACGUGUAAUGCUAAUUUGAUAAUUUACAUAUUAUUAUUAUUGUUUUGUUUGUUAUCACUUAUCAUUGUAAUUUAGAUUUUUAACAGAACAACGAAUCGUGACUGUAUUGGAUUUUAUUUUAUUUUAAUUUUUUUUCACCUUUUGGAACAGUAAAAACAUUUCAAUCUUCAACAUAUAUGGUAAAUUAUCGAGUAUGUUUGUCAUAAAAAGUUUUCGAUAGAAGUAGAAACCAAAUAUAUUUCAUUUUAGCCUUAAGGUGCAAACUAAAAAGGCAUACCCUCUAAUAAAUUUAGAUUAGGUUUCAUAUUUCUGAACCAUGGGCUGUUAUAAUUUAUAUGUCUAUUUUUUUUAAAUUGUAUGUAUUUGUUAUGUCUUAGAAAUGUUUAUUAUAACUAGACUUAUUUUUGAGUUUAUUUUGUUAAUUUAUCUUCUAUAAAAUCUUUUUUUUUAUAGAUAUGUAACGUUAUUGAUGCAAUAAAUUAUAGUUUUUAGAUA